AUUUUCAACUGUUAAUAAUAAUAAUAAUGGUAAUAGUAAUUAAAAGUGAAUUUUCGGAUAAUUCACUCUUCCUCCGCCCACGUAAUCACGACGCACACAAACAUACACAUACACGCACACAUACAGGGCAUGUAGGCAAAAGAAACUGGAUGACAAUAUGAAAAAAAACAUUUAAAUUACGUAUAUAAAGCUGACUGAUAUAUUUACCAGAUGAAUUUCGUCACAAGUCAUGCAUCAACCAACCUACAGUUUAAAAAACAUUGAAUGAUAUGUUGAGAUUAUUCGGCGUAAAAAAAAACACAGAUUCACACUAUACUACUAAAAACAUUCGUUCAUAGUGAAUUAUGAAAAGAGGCUAUAAGAUAUGUAUGUUGUCAAAGAAGAUAAAAUUAUGCAUUGUGACUUCUUUUCUAUGAAUUCUGAGAAAAAACAAAUAAUAUCAUCUAAUCAUGUACACAAAUGAAAACAAGAGGCCCAUAACACACUAAGUGGUUAGUUAUUAGAUGAAGAACAAACUGAAUAUGGAUUUAUUUACGAGUUGGAUCACGAGGUGUCAUCAUCUAGAGAACGGCUGUAGAACUGGGGACUGUUGGACAGUCAUUCCAUUCUUGUCGGAAACUCUUCAGCAACAGAUACCCACCAGGGUUCAAACCUAGAAUCUUUUCACCCACAAGAGAAGGUCGAGGAUCUUUCUAAUUCCUGCGAAUCCGGGAUGUUUGUAGUGAGACCGUAAGGUGAUGUCACUAGCGAGUUAAAUAUGAUGAAAACAGUUGAAAGAAAAUCGUUAAUUGAUUACAAGAAAUCGCAAAGGUGUUGAUCAAGCAAGAUUUUCAUUUAUAUAUUGCAAUUCAAUUACCAAACGGAUAAUACCUCAAAUCAAUGUUUGCUUUCAACUGUAACGUUGCAAUAUUCAUUUUGCAAACAUACUUACAAAUAUAUUUUCUGCGUCAGAUUUACUGCAAUGACUGUGUACUACACAUUGAUGAUUUAAAUAAUUGCGCAAAAUUAGUUGGAAUUAAAAGAAUUCCGGAGAAGCAUGAAGGAUUUGGUUUCGGUUUUGGUUCAGUCAGUGAUGUGGAACACAUGUGUAGAACAAGAUGGCACAUAAAAGUGUACUCAUGUGCCCAGUUAACAAUUCUUGGUCGUUGUUCAAGCGAAUCGAAAUCACAUUUUCGCGAUGUAAUGUGGCGUUUUAUUUUUGAUACAACACCAUAUGAGAAAGCAGCAAAUUAUUUAUGCCAACCAUAUAAUCUACGUAUUUUUAGGCAUCAUCUUGAUAAUUGUUUAUUCAUACAUGAGUCACAAGUGGAGAAAUGUUCUAAAGACUAUUCAAAUCUUUUGUCGAAAACGCAUUUACAACUGGCUAACAGUAAUCCGGUGAAUUCACGCAAUGCCGAUGAAUAUGCAAAUUAUAUGAAAUCAGUACUCAGUGCAACGUAUUGCAGUGGAACAUUAGCAAAAAUCGAUUGUAUCAAAAGCAUUCUCAGCGGUCAUUGUGCUAAUGAUAUCAUUGAAUUAAUUCAGAAUUAUUUUCGUGAAACAUUACCAAGUGGAUGUGAAAAGACAGUUCGAUCAGUUGGCUAUUUAAAACAACAGAAUGUUACAAAUGAAACAGAUAGUAGUGCUGAUAUGAUUAUGAAUGAUUUUCAAAUAGCCUAUAUUAAAUCGUAUACAGGUGAAGAUUUUGAUAGAACUAAUCAACACUUCAAUAGAGCAGAUGUUGCUCCUAAAGAAAUUCAAAAAUCAAUAGAAAUGCAUACAAAUGAAAGUGUCACAAAUUCGAGUAUUCUUGCUGUAGAAAAAGUUUCAUCUCAUGAGAAAAAUCAUUGCGUUAAACUAUCCUUCCAUGUGACACUAUUUAUUUCAAUACUGACGACAAAACUGGUAGACUACGCUCUCAGUGCUGUGCAGUCAUUAUGAUCUCUGACCAUCUGUGAUCCAAUAGUUAUCUGAAAUAUCAAGGCAACUGUUGCAUUUGUAACUAACUUUGCAAAGUUUUAUUAUACAGAAAUGAGAAUAUCUAAGAGCAUUUCUUGAAAAUGUUCUGUUUGAAGCCACAUUAAUGGAUAUAUACGCAUUCAUCCAUUCAUCCAUGCCCUAUGUGAAAGGAUCAGCUGAAGACCUCUGUAGAAAUACAAAGUUCAUAAGCGCAGCAAUUUAAGAAUUUUGUUUUAAUUUCUAAUAAUUCAUCUUUUCGUUAAUCAACAAACAAUGAAAAACUCCACUAUUUUGUUUAAUUGUGAAUUAUUGUACAGCUAAGAGAUGGCAAGCAUUUUAUGUGAUAAGAAGAGUGUAUGAGGCAAGAAACGCCUAACGUACUGUGAAACGUUAAGUGAAUGGCCCUUUUAACUCUUUCUUUCUUUCUUUCAUUAUUAUCUACGGUUGUUAAUAUUAUCGAUGUAAAUGUCCUGUUAAAUUAUUUUCCCCUCCGUCGUACUAUGUAAAUGUAAAGAGAAAGAUAGAUGCAAUAUUGUACUAAAUGCUAACAAUUCCACGUUGUAUAAAAAUGUACUGUUUUGGAAUAGAUCCAUUAUUACCAUUAAUACUAUUCAGAAUUGCUUAUAUUCGUGUUUAAAAAAGACUCAUGAGACUGACUGA